GCCCCAGGGGCUGCUGAGCCUGCUGUCCCUGCUGCUGCUGCUGCUGGGGCAGCUCAGGAGGUGGCCGCGGCAGCAGCAGCAGCAGCCGCGGAUGGGGCGGCGGCGGCGGAAGAGGAGGAUGAGGAGGACGCGGCGGAGGUGGCGGCUGCUGCGGCGCAUGACUCGGGUGCGAGUGAGGAGCUGUGGCGGGUGGUGGCGGGGCUGCCGGGGCUCCGCGCGCUCAACGUGAACGCCUGGCAGGAGGCGCCCCUAGACGACGAGCGCCUGGGCCAGCUAGCCAAGCUGCAGCUCCCCUCCUGGGGCCGCCUGCCGCUGCCGGGCGAGAUGACGUCACUGGGGCUGCUGCUGCAGACCGCCGCCGCCACCUCGCAGCUAUCCGCCCUGUCAGGCCUUUCCUGCCUGCGCGACCUCACCCUGGUCGUGGCGGCCGCACAGGACGCCGGCGGCCGACACCCGCCCCCCGCCGCCGCUGCCGUGCAGCUCGACGAGGAGGAGGAGGACGAGGAGGAGGAGGCGGAAGAGGACAAUGAGAUGGAGGGGGGGAAGGCGCAGGGAGAGGAGGUGGUACUGGUUAAUGAAGAUGAGGAUAUGACAGAGCCGCAGCAACAGCCGCAGCAGCAGAUGGAAGAGGAGGUGGGGGAUGCUGGUGCUGCUGCUGCCGUACCGUCUUCUUCAUCGGCCAGGGUUGGCGGUGAUGUCGUGGCUGCUGCUGACGGUGAUGACGUCAGCAUGGUCGCGGACAUGGCGCCAGCGUCGCCGUCGUCGUCGGCACCGCCGCCGCCGCCGCCGCAAGACGCC